AUGAAGCUCACAAUCACAAAUUGGGUCUUGGCGUUGUUCAUCUUACUAAAACAACCAGCCCCAAUACUUCCUUUCACUUUCAAUGAAACCUUUCUCGAGGAUCUAGACUCCGAGCCAUUUCUGUACGUUCUCGGACGGAAGAGGUUGAUGGAGGCACAAUACGAUUGCUAUGAGCAAAUGUUACAGUCACCAUCAGACGAAAGAGAAGGUGUGUAUUGCAACCGCACCUGGGAUGGAUGGCUGUGCUGGGAAGACACACCAGCUGGUGUAACGCUCACUAAGACCUGCCCAGAUUAUUUUCCAGACUUUGAUUCAUCAGAAAUAGUUACAAAAUACUGUGAUGAAUAUGGGAAUUGGCAUGAUGAGACUGAACACAAUGAAAGCUGGUCCAACUAUUCUGUGUGUAACGCUUUUACUCCUGAGAAGAUGAAGAAUGCGUAUUCUCUGUACUAUCUGGCUAUUGUGGGUCAUUCUUUGUCGAUUUGCGCCUUAGUGGUUUCACUGGGGAUUUUCGUACACUUUAAGAAUCUCAGCUGCCAGCGCGUUACCCUGCACAAGAACAUGUUUCUUACCUACGUGCUGAACUCGACGAUUAUCAUCAUCCACCUCGUUGAAGUAGUUCCCAACGGUGAGCUGGUGAGAAGCGAUCCGAUAAGCUGCAAGGUUUUGCAUUUUUUCCACCAGUACAUGAUGGCAAGCAACUACUUCUGGAUGCUCUGCGAGGGGAUCUAUCUGCACACACUCAUAGUGUCAUCCAUGUUCACCGAGGAACAGCGCUUGCAGUGGUAUUACCUCUUGGGCUGGGGCUUCCCACUGAUACCAACCACCAUCCAUGCUGUUACUCGGGCGUUCUACUUCAAUGACAACUGCUGGCUGAGUAUGGAUACUCAUCUGCUUUACAUCAUCCACGGCCCUGUCAUGGCGGCACUGGUGAUGAAUUUCUUCUUUUUGCUCAACAUCGUCCGUGUGCUGGUGACCAAGAUGAGGCAGACCCGUCAGGCAGAUGCCCGCAUGUACCUGAAGGCUGUGCGAUCCACUCUGCUCCUUGUGCCACUGCUGGGUGUCCAGUUUGUGGUCUUUCCCUGGAAGCCAUCCAACAAGAUACUUGGGAAGAUCUAUGAUUAUUUCAUGCACUUUCUGAUCCAUUUCCAGGGAUUUUUUGUGGCUUCUAUCUACUGCUUCUGGAACAAGGAGGUCCAAGCUACCGUGAAGCGCCACUGGGCGCAGUUUAAGAUGGAGUGGGACGACCGCUGGGGACGCCGCCCCAACAACCGCCCGGCGGCGCCCGUCGCUCCACCGGUUGCCAACGAUGACAAUAUCCCCGUUUUCAUCUGCCAUCUGCAGCCGCGAGACGCAGCGGCCAACGAAAAUGGCGGGGAGGGCCCCGAGGUCAUCGGCCUGGAAAUCGUUGAGCAAGAGUCAGCUGCUUAA